AUGGAGUCACACGCUAGCGAUGAAAAAGAACUGCCACCUUAUCAACUCUCUCCAUCUGCUGUUGUUGUCACGAGAGGACCUACCUGGUUUCGUACUAGUGCAAUUGCGUGCUCCGAUUGGUUUUCCGACAGUGAUGAUGGCUUCUGCGAUGUCGCAUUUAUGAGUUAUGAGUUCAUCACCAUCUUCUCUCUUCAAUUAGCAGCACAGCAUGAGGAACGUGGUUACUUUUUAAAAUUUCAGCAACAGUUUAAAGCUCAUGAAGAAAAUAUUUCCGCGAUCACAUCCUGCUCUCCAAGGGGAACGAAGCAUGUUUGUAGACAUUUUAUUUCUUGUGGAUCGGACGGUUUCAUAAAAGUUUGGAAAAACUCUGGAGGCCUGUGGGUAUUAGACGAAAAAGUCCUGCUUAAACAAGGAAUUAUCCCGAAUGCAUUGGCGGCCGUAACUCUCGAUGAUACCUUACACAUCCUUUCUGGAAGUACUUCUGGCCACAUUAUUGUGUUGAGUAUCUCCGGGCGCAAAAGUACAAAUUUACCCCUAAUUAAAAAGUUUGAAAAGGACUCCGUCUCUUCAUGUUGUUGGGGAAACUCGGACGAUGAUGCGAAUUGUCUGCUUGCCCUUGUUGGCUUCAAGAGUGGUAUAGUUUGUGGGUAUACUUACAAACAGCCUUCUCUCUCCAGUGAAAGCUCAUUAACCCCAAUUCUUCGAGUCAGCGCUCAUGAUUACGACCUGUGUAGCAUGUCACUUAUCUGCUUAGAUAACGGUGAAUCAUCCCUUAUCACUUGUGGUCGUGACUCAACUGUGAAGGUACUUCCUUUUGCCUUUUGGCAACUUUACACCAUGCGUAUUUUCCGCUUGACAAUUUGA